UUUAAUUGAGAUAAUUUUAUAAUAAAAAUCAUCUUUUAGUGUUUUUAACAACGGAUUAGUGAGGCAUGGCUCAUAAUUUGAGUAGACUGCCUUUGGGCACACCAAAAAUCAGUAUUAAAGCCGGUUCAAGAGUAUUUAUUGGUACUUUCUGAGAUUCAUGAAAACAUGAAGACUAAACGUCUAGUCUAGAGCUUAAAGUUGAGAUACAUACUCGAGUAUUUUUAUUAAGCAUCUACCAAUGCUGCAGAACUGAUCAAAGUGUUCAAGAUGACCUUAGUCCACUUCAGUGACUCGACUAAUCCAUACACAACCUUAGUCAACUUCACUAGUUCUGGUGUAUACCCAAGAAACAGACCCCAGACAGAUUGAAUCCAAAUUAUUCAAUAAUUGCAAUUGAUUUUUGUAAUAAGUAUUGCGAUAAGAUAGGGAUAGAGAAGUUAGUGGUAGAAAAAUAGACAGAAAGCGAUAGAAAGCUUCUUAAAAAAUAAUUCAAGCGCUUUAUUCUUAGUGAUGUAGUUGGAAUGGUUUUUGAGGUUAAAGCUUAAUUUAUUGAAUUAACUUUAAGAUGAUGUUCUCAAUUUUUGGAGUUUUUGCUAAAACAUUCAGUGAGGAAAUGGCCUAAAAUGAUUGAACCGUGAUUUAUAAAAUCCGAAUCAUUACUUUGACUGAACAUUAAACCAAAAAGCUUAUUGAAGACCACUUUAGACUUUCAUUGUGUCUUAAACUUACCAAACCUUUGAUAAUCGAUUCAACUUAAGUCAAAACUAUUCCAAUGGUUCUCAAGAAGCCUUUUUUAGUGUUUCUUACCUCAAAAAUUGAUUUUAUGAAUCUUCAACAAUUUAAACUUCCAACCCCAGCCACAACCCAACUCAAAUCACUUCAAUAAACUUUACAAACUCCUUUCAAACUUUAACGAUAUUUUCUUUUAAUUUUUCAUUCAUCAAUUAUAGGAAUUGUGGUUGAUAUUUCUAUGGAUUUAUUUCAGCUUCAUUUCUACAUGGACAUGUGUUUUGUUUUUUUGAUUCACUAUAAAAUGCAUUAAUGCUUCUUCUGUUCUAGUUUCGACGUUCAUUUUUUCUAUUCUACAGCUUUUCUUCUGUCAUUUAUUUUUUUUUCACAUUUAUUGGUAAAACUUAAUCUUAUUGCAUUUAUGCUCGUUAACCUUAACCAGUGGUGUGAUAAAUUAUGAAAUAUUUUUUUUACAGGUUUUUUUUUCAAUAAAAAAAGUCGGAGAAUAAAGUUUCAUAAAAAAUAAUGUUUUUCUAUUUUAAAUGUUUUUUUUUUGCAGAUUUUUUUGGUUGAUUUUUUUAUGUCAAAAUUUGAAUUUUAUUUUUUACAUGUUUUUGAUUACUUUAGUUGGAUGUUGAUAUCAUUUUCUUGAGUGUUUAGUGUCUUGAAUCUAUGCUUAACUCUUGAACAUAUUCCAUACAAUCCAUACUCCAAGACAGUGGUGGUCAACUUUUUUUUUUGCCACGACACACCUUGAUGGUAAGUCACGACUGAAACCGUACACGAUUCGUGGAUUUUCCGAUUUUUUCCAUGGCACACGGGUUGAUCGUCACUGCUCCAAGAUAUAUUCCAGGGUUGCAUCAAUCUCAACCCCAAGACAACAAUAUCAACCUCCCAACCAAAAUAACCUCAAAAUUCUAAUAUCAUUCUUCAUUUUCUUAUCUUGAUUCUUAAGCAAUUUUCUAAAUCUGUUUGAUUGAAAGAGAAAGGUAUAUUAAGGAGAGCUAAAGAGCGAAAGAGAUAGAGUUACCCUGUUAAAAGGAAAGACAUGGAUGCUCACGGCUUUUUUACUAGUUUUUGCAAUUUCAAACUAUUUUUUUUCUUUUUUUUCAUGUUUUGCUUUGGGUUCUACAAACUAGGAGUUGAUUGGAGUGGAGAGGGGUUGGUGGUCUAGUUGAUUGAUCCUUGGGAUACUAUCUUGAAUCAGGGGUUGUCUUUGUUCUAUUCGAUGAUGAAGUCUUUAGGCAAAUACUGAUAUGAAUCUUAGAAUUGAUAGUAUUGACAUAGUAGCUUGUAUUGACAUAGUAGCUAGUAUUAACAUAGAAGCUAGUACGGACAUAUUAGCUAGUAUUGACAUAGAAGCUAGUACGGACAUAGUAGCUAGUAUUGACAAAGAAGCUAGUACGGACAUAGUAGCUAGUAUUGACAAAGAAGCUAGUACGGUCAUAGUAGCUAGUAUUGACAAAGAAGCUAGUACGGACAUAGUAGCUAGUAUUGACAUAGAAGCUAGUAUGGACAUAGUAGCUAGUAUGGAUAUAGACGCUAGUAUGUACAUAGUUGCUAGUAUGGAUACAGAAGUUAGUAUGGACAUAUUAGCUAUCAUUGAUGUAGUAGCAAGCAUGGACAUAGUAGCUAGUAUGGCCAUAAAAGCUAGUAUUGCAUAUCAACUACUACAAAGUAUUGAUUAAGUUCACAAUAACCUUAAUACUGAUAAGUAAAGACUUAAUUAAAGAUUCCCAAAGCUAGUCAACCAACGACCAGCCAACAAAACAACACCACACCUCACCCUUAACCACAACUCACUCAAACUAUUCUACAUCCUUUUUUUCCAUUGAUUUUACUGUCUUAAUUAUUGACUGAUGUCUAUUAUGAAUGAGAUUGAAAUGCUAUGGCUUAUGGUAAUGACAAGAUUAUUAGUUAAAUAUCCUUAAAAUAUCUUUCAUCUAGUUUUCAUUUUUUUGUGUAGAGAACAAUUUGAGAUUUAGAUGGAUUUCAUUUUAUUGUAUGCAAAAUUUGUAUGGAUGCACUAGAAGAUGCGAUUAAGCUCUAUGAGUUUCUGAGAAGCCAAAAAUUAAGGUUUAAAAUUAUAAGAAAAAAUUGGAGAAUAUGUGGAAGAUAUUGCGAGGAAAAAUACUUUUUUUUUCCAUUUUUCUUCUUUCGAUCAUCGACUUAGGCCCUAACUUUAAAGCAUCUAUCAAUCAAUCUUGUUGAUUCUAUAUCCGCCACUAGUUUUUUGACUUAUUUAUUUAGUUUUUUAUACAAAAAGUUUUCUUAUUUUUUAUUCUAGAAUUUUCUAUACAACUUAUUUAUCUGGACACAAUUGCUGUCUGAUUUUACUUUAAACCUCAUUUUUAAGGAUUCUUAAUAAAUUUUUUUUAAAAUUUUCUAUUUCAUCCUACAUUGCCGUCGUGUUAAGCCGUAAUCAUUGAAAAUUUUUAAUAUUAUAUUUACAUGGCACGUUUAAAAAAUAAAGAAAAAAACAAUCUAAUGGGAAGCAGGUGAAAUUGAUUUUGAGGUUAUUUAAGGAUUUUUCAAAUUCAAACUUUAAAUUUUUAAUUUCGAAAGUGAAAUUUUCAAUUUCGAAAGUGAAAUUUUUAAUAUCGAAAGUGAAAUUCUUAAUUUCGAAAGUGAAAUUCUUGAUUUCAAAAGUGAAAGUUUUAAUUUCGAAACUGAAAAAAAUGUAAUUUCGAAAAUUAAAAAUACUCAAAUUUCCUCAAUUUUAAAUUUUUUAACCUUUUGUUUCCAUUCCCGUUAUUAGAGAGUCAUCAUGUUUCUUAAUUUCAUUCAAUUUCUUUCAUUAAAUUUGUUAAAAAGUUCGACUAGCUCAAUAAAACUACUCAAAAAUAUCCCACUUAUCAUUCCUAUCCCAGCAGUUUAAACUGCUUAUAUUCAACUUCAAAUAUUUUUUUUCCUCACAUUUUCAACUCUCCACAGAGAACAGAAGAAAAAUUAGGAUUCACCAUUUUUUAUCGACUUCUUACAAAAAUAUUCAUUUUUACCGUCUUAUCAUUUGAUUUGAUAAUGUUUUCAUCAUUUCAUUGUUAAUUAUGCUUAUUUAUGUAUGUAUGUGUGGUUUUAGUUUUGUGUUGUUUUCUAUGGAAAUUUCUUUUUAAUGAAUUUGUUUUUAUUUAAAAAAAUUCAGUCCAUCAAUUGUAAUGUUUUAAUUAAUUUUUUAUUUAUCUCAUAAAAAAUUAUCAUUUGUUU